GAUGACCUGGACGCACUUCUACGCCCGUGGUACUACUCCAAGAGCCUGACCGAUCCCAUCAACACUGCCGCCGAUAAAUGGAAUCUUCUACCCGCCUUCCUGAGAGUCAAGGGCUUGAUCAAGCAGCACACGGACUCCUUUGAUUACUUCGUCGACAUCGAGCUGAAGAAGAUUCUGAAGGCCAACGAGUUCAUCUUCACCGACGACAAGCGGAAGUGGAUCAAAUUCGUUGACAUUCGAGUUGGGAAGCCGUGUCGGAUCGAGGAUGCCCGCGCCGGAUAUGUCCAGACCGAAGUCACUCCCAACGAGUGUCGUCUUCGCGACAUGACCUAUGCUGCUCCCAUAUAUCUUGACUUCAUCUAUCCUCGACAAGCAGGCAAUGUGCGAAAGACGAAUGUCCUGAUUGGUCGACUCCCCAUGAUGCUUCGCAGCUCGAAAUGUGUGCUCAAGGGUCGCUCCGAGUCAGAAAUGGCUUGCCUGAACGAGUGCGCCGUCGAUCCAGGUGGCUACUUCAUCGUCCGCGGUCAGGAAAAGGUCAUUCUGGUCCAGGAGCAACUGAGCAAGAAUCGUGUCAUCGUGGAGUCCUUCAAAGGCGUCAUCCAGGCCUCCGUCACCAGUCAUACAGCAAAUGUCAAGACAAAGACCUACGUUUUGCUGAAAAAGGGUCACAUCUACUUGAAGCACAAUUCUCUCAGCGAAGACAUUCCCGUCGCCGUCAUGCUGCGUGCGAUGGGUGUUCAGUCAGAUCAUGAGAUUCUGCUGCUCGCCGCUGGUAACGAUGCUCAAUAUCAAGACGAAUUUGCACCGAAUCUGGAGUUGGCUGCAUUGGAAGGCGUCUUCACUCAAGAGCAAGCUCUGGAUUUCAUUGCGACGCGCUUGAAGCCAGACCGAUUUGCUAGCCGGAGACAAGAGCGCACACCGAAACAGCAAGCUCUCGAGAAGCUCGCUGGCACCAUCAUUCCACACGUCGAAGUGGAAGGCAUGAACUUUCGACCGAAAGCCCUCUACGUAGCCUUCAUGACACGAAGAGUGCUGAUGGCCAUGAACGACCCAAAGUUGGUCGACGAUCGUGACUACGUUGGAAACAAGCGUCUCGAAUUGGCAGGUCAGAUGCUUUCACUCCUAUUCGAAGACCUGUUCAAGGAUUGCGUGAGGCAGAUCAAAGGAAACAUGGACAAGAUACUCAAGAAGGCAAAUCCUACACAGGAAUUUGAUCCUCUGAGACUUGUUGAGCAGAUCGAGUCACGCAUCACCAGCGGCAUGGAGCGUGCCAUCUCUACUGGUAAUUGGACUUUGAAGCGUUUUCGUAUGGACAGAGCAGGUGUGACGCACGUGCUGAGCAGACUGAGUUAUAUCAGUGCUCUCGGCAUGAUGACAAGAAUCACCAGUCAGUUCGAAAAGACUCGCAAAGUCUCUGGACCUCGUGCUCUGCAGCCAUCACAGUUUGGCAUGCUUUGCACCUCAGACACUCCGGAAGGCGAAGCCUGUGGUUUGGUCAAGAACUUGGCUCUUAUGACCCAUAUCACGACAGCAGACGACGAGGCACCGGUGCGAAAGAUCAUCUACAUCCUUGGAGCAGAAGACGUGACGUCUGUUUCGGGGACUGAAAUCUAUGGCAACGGUGCUUAUAUCGUUUUCAUCAAUGGUACUCCUGCGGCGCUCACACGACAACCAAAGCAAUUCUUGCUCGGAUUUCGCAAGUUCAGACGAAUGGGCCGGAUAUCGGAGUUCGUGAGCAUCUUCAUCAACCAUCAUCACAAUGGUGUCCACAUUGCCACCGACGAAGGACGAGUAUGCCGUCCCCUCAUCGUGGUCGAGAAAGGAAAAUCGAAAGUGACAGCACGCUUCCUGGAAUCGCUCCGAAAAGGCGCCAUGGACUUCGAUGACGCCCUGUCAAGAGGUCUUGUGGAGUAUCUUGAUGUCAAUGAAGAGAACGACUCCAACAUCGCCGUUUAUGAGAAAGACAUCAAUGAGCACACAACACAUCUGGAGAUCGAGCCAUUUACCAUCCUAGGCGCUGUCGCAGGGCUGAUUCCAUACCCACACCACAAUCAAUCGCCAAGAAAUACCUACCAAUGUGCCAUGGGUAAGCAAGCUAUCGGCGCCAUCGCCUACAAUCAGUUCACUCGCAUCGACACCCUCCUCUACCUUAUGGUAUAUCCUCAGAAGCCCAUGGUCACUACAAGAACAAUCGAGCUUGUCAAAUAUGACAAGCUCCCAGCUGGCCAGAACGCUGUUGUCGCAGUCAUGUCGUACUCCGGAUACGACAUCGAAGAUGCUUUAGUCCUCAAUAAGGCAUCAUGUGACCGUGGCUUCGGUCGCUGCCAGAUCUUCAAAAAGAUCAGCAUGCCGUUGAAAGCAUAUGGCAACGGCUACACCGACCGACUCGAUGACAGGGAUCCAAGCAAUACUCGACAUCGCAAAAUCGGCAAAGACGGACUCGUGGAAGUUGGCUCUGAGCUGGAAAACGGCGACAUGUAUAUGCUCAAAGCAUCGCCCAUAAACCAAUCUCAAGCGAUCCCUCAAAAAGACCAAAAGUGGUCCCCUAUGCACAUGUCCUACAAACUCCCCGACCCAUCCUAUGCCGACAAAGUCAUGAUCACCGCCAACGAAGCCAACACCACGAUCCUCAAAAUCCAAACCCGCCAAACCCGCCGCCCAGAAAUCGGCGACAAAUUCUCCUCCCGUCACGGCCAAAAAGGUGUUGUCGGCCUCCUCGCCGAGCAAGCCGACAUGCCCUUCUCCGACUCCGGCGUGGUCCCCGACAUAAUCAUGAACCCACACGGUUUCCCAUCCCGAAUGACAGUCGGCAAAAUGUUGGAACUCGUCUCGGGCAAAGCCGGCGUUUUGACCGGGAAACAAGAAUACGGUACCCCAUUCGGCGGUUCCAAAGUCGAAGAUAUGGGUUCCAUACUCGUAAAACACGGCUUCUCAUACUCCGGCAAAGAUCACCUGACAUCAGGCAUCACGGGAGAAUCCCUGCCUUUCUACGUUUUCUUCGGACCAAUCUACUAUCAAAAACUCAAACACAUGGUUCAAGACAAAAUGCAUUCUCGAAGCACCGGUCCUCGCGCCAUCUUGACCCGUCAGCCUACCGAAGGUCGCUCAAGACAAGGAGGUUUACGUCUCGGAGAAAUGGAACGUGAUUGUUUGAUCGCGUACGGUGCGAGCCAGUUAUUGCUGGAGAGAUUGAUGAUUUCUUCUGACGCUCAUGAUGUGGAUGUUUGUCAGGGGUGUGGCAUGAUGGGGUACAACGGUUGGUGUCAGAGUUGUGGAAGUUCCCGGGGGGUCACGAAGAUGACUAUGCCUUAUGCUGCGAAACUUCUGAUUCAGGAGUUGAUGAGUAUGAAUGUUAAGGCUAGUUUGCAGUUGGCUGAUGAGUUCCCUCGGGAGGAAUGA